AUGGCACUUUUGGCAUCGUUCCACAGAGAACGCGAUGUGGUCAGUGAAUGCUUCGUUUUUGGAACCCCGGGUGUGGGCCCUGGAACCUACGACCCUCUGCUGCCGAAGAGCCGAAGCUGCACCAUGGGCAUUGGGGCUCGCCCAGAGGGUGCCGAUGCAGGCGACACCCCAGGCCCUGGGCAAUACCUUGUGUCACGCCUGGCGAGCGAUCCAGUGGUAGACAAACCGCAGCAGUCGAAGCCAAAUGUCACUAGAAGUUCCUUCCGCUCAACCACAUCCCGUUGCAACCCUCAGAACCCUCGAGAGCCGACCUUCGUGCCAGGAUCUGGUUGGUUCAUUGCUUCAACCAUCUUGGACAAUCCUGGGCCGGGCCCUGACAUCACCCGCCCCAUCGACUUUCGCCCCUUCACAGGCGGGACCUAUGCCCGAAGCAGGCCAGGGAAGCUCGAUUGGGGUGCUGAGCGUGCCAUCCAAGCGGUGAAGGAGGGUGUGAGGCUCCAAACGGAGACGGCCCCCGCAAUUAAGCCCUUGCGGGCUCGGGGCGAGUGGAACUUCACGGGCGAGCCUGGAGAUACUCCAGACCCUGGGGAGUACAGUCCUGAUUACCUCAACAUUGGCCGUGGGAAGCCCGUAGCAAACUUUGAUGCCGCCUGUGAGCGAAAUGGCUCUUGGGGCAAUGUGGCCAUGGCCAAGAACCCGGGGCCGGGAGCUUACGACCAUGAGCCGCCAGAAGGUGCUGGCCACGGAAAGGGCAUAGAGCCCCCCGGCUUUGGGUCUGACUCUGCACAAACAUCUACGCAGUUUUCCUCCAGCAGGCUGCCAGUGGUCUUUUUUUCGAGCUCUUGGUCGCCUGCUUUACUGCCUGGACCGGGCACCUAUGAUCCUGUGAAGGCUUCGCCUUCCAAACAGCCGCUGUCGGGUUUCAAGUCUGCGACCGCGCGCGAGGGCUUUUGGCGGCCCGCUUUCACAGCGCCCUACACUGACCCGGACAACAUGCGGAGUCCUGGGCCUGGGACCUACCCCAGUCACUCCGAGUUCCCGGUGGAGAAGUGCCGCCGGGCACGGAGUGUCCCGGACUUCUUCUCCCGGAAAUACUUUGGAGUGCAGAAUCCCCAUCAGCUCAGAUCCUUGCGAGAGACGGACGGAUCUCGUUUGGCGGGCUUUGACUGCAGUGGCCCACAGCGGCCACCGCUGGUCUCAAAUUCACUGGCAGCUCCUGGAACCUACAACCCAGAUGACUGUCUGGGCCAGUCCAUCUCGGCCAAGCUCCGGCAUUGUGCCAAGAUCGCCCAAGGAGGGGCCUUUGGCAGCACGAAGACGGGUGAACGCUUUCCACCUUCCAGCUUGGCCCCAGGUGAUGAAAGUGUGUCUCCUGGCCCCGCACUGCCGCAUCAAGAUGCCAUGAAGGACGCUGGGGAUGCUGCAGGUGGAUCUUUCAAAUCUGAAGCCCAGCGACUGACUUCGAGGGAGGAGGAGUCACCGGGACCUGGGACAUACGACGUUGUGACCAAGCCCGACUUCCGUGUAGGCUGGAGGAUCGCGAAGACGGAUCACGUGGGCUUUGGCAGCUCUGACGAGAGGUUCGGCGACGCCUGCACCGAUGCGCCGCCUCCCGGUGCUUACGAGCUGGACACCGAUGCGAACAAAGGCUGCUAUGCUUUCAAGGCGACUGCAUCGCGCGGCCUCCCUAUGCCCAAGGUUGCGCAGCGCGGGCUGGAUCCAGGUAUGUACAACACUGCUGGGAGUCUCCUGCGCAAGUCCUUCAACACGAAGGUGGAAGAGGCUGCAUUUCUCCUGCAGAUUCAUGAAAAGAGGCCGCCGCCGCGGGGUCCCUUCCCGUGGGCGGAAGGUUCUACUUGGCGACCGCGACAGGCAUUGGCCCUCGAGGAGAAGGCCAUGGAGUCGAAUGCUUUGAUCGAGGAGACCGGCGCGACCAGUCCAUAA